UUGCGAAAUGGGCGUCCAACGAGUCUGGACCUUCUUGCUGCUGCUGGUGUCGCUGGCCGUCGCCGACCUGCGCCUGCAGACGUCAAUCCCGUUCGAGGCAGACGCUUCGCCUGCCGAGGUCGCGGCCAACCGCAUGGACUUUCUGGUCAUCGUCGGAGACGUGUCGACGUCCAUGGCGCGCGUCCUCUACGAGCCAUUGGUGUAUGGCGCGACCAUUGACGUCAUCCUCGAAGCCGCGACGGCGGACGGCAGCUUUGAGCACGUCUACGCGCAGUCGCAUGCGCACACCCAGCCAAUGCCGUACGUCAUGACCUUCACCGCCUUAGUGCCGCAGCGCCAGCACCGUGUUCGCUUCGUCUUGGACGGCCAUGGCGUGGCCGAGGCGUUCUUCCGCACAGCGCCGACGGCGUCCGAUGCCACAGAUGUCCGCGUGCUCUCGGUGUCGUGCGACCGCUUUAGCGAGGACGCCGAUGACACGCACUGGUCGACGCUCGCCGCCGACAUCGCCGACGACGACUCGUACUUUGGCAUGGUGCACACGGGCGACCAGAUCUACGCCGACCAGCUCGUGAAGCUCGCGGUCGCGCAGAUCCACGCCGCCUCGGCGCUGAGCUUUGAAGAGACGCUCUCGGCCUUCCGCACCUUGUACCGGCGCUGCUUUGGCCGGCCGAUGCUGCAGUAUGUGCUCCGGCGGGGCGCGCACUGGAUGUUGAUUGACGACCACGACAUCAUCAACAACUGGAGCUACGCCAACCUCGAGUCGCCGCAGCACGAAGUGCUCGUCCGCGCCGGUCUCCAAGCCUUUUACGAGUACCAGUUCCAGCUGCUGCACGACGUCGAUUGGUCCUCGAUGGACUUUGCCCAUACGCACAACUGGUCGUCCUUGUACAUGCCUGGCCACGCACUGCGCCGGGUCGGCAACCUCUCGCUCCUGCUGGUCGAUACGCGCCUCGACCGCGGGCUCCAAACCUCGGCUGCGGCGCCGACACUGAUGAGCGACGACCAGCUCCGGUUUGUCCAAGAGACGCUGGAUGCCAAGUUGAAUGGCGAGCACUUGGUGCUCUUCACGCCGCUCCCUCUCUUCUUUCACACCAAGUACUCGGCGGCCUUUGCCGAUGCGGUCGACGGCGAGAUGUACCCGGGUCUGGAUGUCUACCGGCCCUUCUUUCGGCAGCUCUGGCCGCACUUGGCGCACGCUUCGCUGCUCGUGGGCGGCGACUUGCACAUGACGGCCGACACGACCGUGUGCGGCCACGUCGGCUCGGGCAACUGGAGUUGUCUCCCGCAGCUCAUUACGAGCGGCAUGACGGAAGCCUCGACGACGAUGCACGAGCUCAAGAUCAUCUCGUUCCACUUGGCCAUCACGCAACUGCUGCAGCCGUUCCAUUGGCUCUACGCGGCGAUCGCUCCGCGCACGCGCACCGAGUUUGCCAUGCUGAGCAAGCACGUCUACUAUGGCAAAAACUAUGGCUACGUCCAUCUCGCGAGCAACCACACCUUGUCGUACGGCGCUGUGGCCCAGCCCUACGCGACCGGCGGCGCGACGCUCGUGCAGAUGGUCUCGGAUACGAUGUCGUGGGCCAUCGACAACGCCGCGCUCUCGACCGCGCUCGGCCUCGCGUCGUACGUCGCCUACGCUCGACUGCGGUCGCACAGCGCAUAGGACCAACUCGAUGAGGUUUCGCAUUCUAGCAUGGCGCCAUAAUGCUCGUAGUAGAUUCAAAGCAAUAACGUAUUCGUCCA